AUGUCUCAUAUCGAUUAUUUACCCACGCUACAAGACGCCAAUGAGUCAUUACUACCCCAACAAUUAGAGAUAUUACGUCAACAGGUGAUUAACGAAGGUGGUGAUGAUGCUACAAUCCAGUCACGGUUUAAUUAUGCAUGGGGCUUAAUCAAAUCAAACUAUCUUAAUAAUGAACGGUUAGGAAUCAAAAUUUUAACAGACAUCUACAAAGAAUCACCAAACAGACGUAGAGAAUGUUUAUACUACUUGACAAUUGGAUGCUAUAAAAUUAAUGAGUUUACCAUGGCCAAACGAUAUGUAGAUACCUUAUAUGAGCAUGAGCCCCAUAAUAAACAAGUUCAAAUAUUGAAACAAAUGGUGGAAGAUAAGAUUCAAAGAGAAACUGUGAAGGGUAUAGCUAUUGGAGCCGGAAUUAUUGCUGGGGUUGCCACCGUAGUCGGGAUAGUAUCGAGAUUAAGGAAAAAAUAA